AAGGCAUCAGUAGAUGCGCACGAGCCGUUUGCGCACGCUCGCCUAGAGACUGCGCCGCAAAGCAUGCUGGUCCUUCCUUUCCCUCCGAGGCCAUAUUGGAAUAAGCUCACAGUCGGCCGGCUUCGGACUUGAAAACGCUAAAAUGGUGGCCGCGAAGAAGACGAAAAAGUCGAUGGAGUCCAUCAACUCCCGACUCCAGCUGGUGAUGAAGAGUGGCAAGUACGUGCUGGGCUACAAGCAGUCCCAGAAGAUGAUCCGACAGGGCAAAGCCAAGCUGGUCAUCUUGGCCAACAACUGCCCGGCUCUCAGGAAGUCUGAGAUCGAGUACUACGCAAUGCUGGCCAAGACUGGCGUGCACCACUACAGCGGCAACAACAUUGAGCUGGGCACCGCCUGCGGCAAAUACUACCGCGUGUGCACGCUUGCCAUCAUCGACCCCGGCGAUUCUGACAUCAUCAGGAGCAUGCCUGAUCAGCAGCAGCAGCCUCAGUAGACCUCCCCGCCAUCCCUUCACCCCGAUUGUCAUAAAUAAAGUUGGUGUUGACAAUAA